AUGAAACAGAUUGAUAGUACUGUGGAAAAUGGCGAGACAGAUUCCAAUAAUUGUGGUGAAGAAAAAGAGUUCUGUGGAAGCUCCGAUGGUGGUCCGGUUCUGGUGGAUCGCCGGAGAAAAGAUAGAGAUGAAGAGCAGGAUAAGGUCGACGUAAGAAACAGCGGUUGGUUUGGACGGAUGAGCUUCAUCAACAAUUCGUCGAUGCUGUGGAACAACUCGGAAACAAUAAUGCUGUCCGAAGAAGGUAUUGGAGCUAAUGAACGUUCCUGGGCUCACGAGGGAAAACGUUGCGAGCCAUCUACAGGUUCAAACUGCAAAAAGUUAAAUCUCAAAAAGCAAAGUGGGUAUGUGCAAGAAAGUAUCCCCGGUGCCAAAUUCUGUUCAGGCGUUCCAGUGAUCAGACACAACGAGUUGUGUUCAAACAACUCAAUCGACCACUGA